AUGGACGACUGGACGUCGAAACAGCUCCCUGAGCGCCUUCCCUUUUCCAAGAAGCGCCUUCCCAAGAAGGUCAUCUUCUCAUAUAUCGGCGACUACCUCAUCAUAGUUGUUCUUAUGUUGACCUUCUCCAUUGUCGACAAGAUCCCGCCCUUUCACCAACACUUCGCCCUCGAAAACUACACUCUCCACUACCCUUUCGCCGAACAUGAGCGCGUACCCGUACCCUGGCUAUGCGUCUACGUCGUCCUGGCUCCCGCUGUCAUCAUCGCAAUAUACACAAUGGUCAUCGACGGCCUCUUCUCCCACCAGACGACCAUGCCCGUGCGUGGGCCUGGUAUCAAGCGCCUCUCAGGAAGAUACAGGUUCAAGGACCGCUUGUGGGAGCUCAACUGUGGCAUACUGGGCCUUGGCUUGAGCAUUGGCGCUGCUUUCACCAUCACAGGCGCCUUGAAGAAUGCCAUUGGCAAGCCGCGACCGGAUCUCAUCAGCCGCUGCAUUGUAGACGAAUCCAAGAUCGCUCCAGGCAAAUACGUACUCCAGACCAUCGACAUCUGCACGCAGACCGACAACUACAUUCUACAGGAUGGCUUCAAGAGCUUUCCCUCUGGCCACAGCAGUGUCUCCUUCGCUGGUCUCUUUUACCUUUCCAUUUACCUCGCCGGAAAGCUGCAUGUUCUGGAUGCAAAGGGCGAGGUCUGGAGGACUUUCUUCGUCAUGGUCCCUGCCCUCGGCGCUGCUCUGAUCACAGGCACACGUAUCAUGGAUGCCCGUCAUCACCCAUUCGACGUCCUGUCUGGCGCUCUACUCGGCAUACUCGUAGCCUGGGGCUCCUACCGCCAAUAUUUCCCACCCGUCUCCGAGACGUGGCGCAAAGGACGCGCAUACCCCAUCCGAGCCUGGGGCAAGGCAUCGCGCGCACCGCCACAACCCACAAUAACGAUCGACGAGGACGUGCAACCGCUGCAGCGCAUGGACAAGCCAGUGGACGUGGAGCGCGGAGAAGCGUCUGGCUAUUCCUCUACGACUGCUGUGCCUGAGGGUAGUGGCGAACCGACAGGCAACGUCUUCCGCCAACAGAUUCAUAACUCGCAACGCAGACGCCAGGAAUCAGGAUCGCAGUAUGGCGUAGAUCGAAGCGACACAUUAGCAUCGAGCAACUACCGAACGGGCACAAUGGGAUCUACCAUGACCUCGAAAGUGCACACGUACCAGAACCAGUUGCCGGCCACAAAUCCCUUUGCAGCGGAUGUCGCGCGCCAACGUCGAAUGGACACUUACGACUAUUCCUCUUCGGAAGAUGACGACAACUACGAGUUGCAAUCGAGAGGCGCUGGUGUUUACAAUCCAGUAAAUGGAAGGUUGACGGAUACGGGAUACCACCCACCAGCGGGUAUCUCGCCCGCACCUACACCUCCACCUCCAGUCAAUACCGUCCUCCAAAACCAGCAGACUAUGAUGUCACCAACGGGGGAUCUGGCUGAUAGGAGGGAGGUCCCGCCAAUGCCUCCACCACACGCUGUAGGUACCACACCUCAGCAGAUAUGA